AAUUCCACCAGGUUUCUCUCUCUCUCUCUCUCUGCGAGGUGGGCGAAUUUAGUAUCACGGAAUCACGUGGACGGCAGGCAGUUUCUUCUGGACGGACGUGGACGGGAGGGUAACCGAUUCCAUCCAUCAACCGUAUCGGAAUGCUCUUCACCUCUCGCCAGCCGAUGUGAGCAGACGGAGCUUACAUUGAGCAGGCCAGUGGGCUGCCAUAUCCAAAGAACAGGGAAACAGGGAAAGAAGUGGGGGAGAGGGAGAGGAGAUGCUUUCUUCGCUCUCUUCGGUCAUGGUCCUGCCAUCUUGGAGUGGGGCCAUUGUGCUGACUUCGUACUUCGGGUAUCUGGUGAUCGCCGGAAGUAUUCUUCCGGGAAAGCUCGUCCCUGGAGCGGUUUUAUCGGACGGAACGCGCCUUCACUAUAGAUGCAAUGGACUUCUCUCACUUUUGCUGCUUAUUACUCUUUCGGGGAUCGGUGUUGGCAUGAACAUGAUGUUACCUACGGUCGUAGCAGACUUGGGAGCGCAACUAUUCUCAACCACUCUAUUGUUUAGUUUACUGGUGUCCUUCAUGUUAUAUGCCAUCGGUUGCAGGUCUGGAGAUAAAAGCUCGUCCUUAAAAGCACAUGUUACUGGAAAUAUUGUUCACGACUGGUGGUACGGGGUACAGUUAAAUCCAGACGUCCUUGGUGUUGACCUCAAAUUCUUUUUUGUUAGAGCUGGGAUGAUGGGAUGGAUUCUUAUCAAUCUGUCUAUUUUGGCAAAAAGUGUGAAAGAUGGCAAAUUAUCCCUUCCAAUGAUCCUUUACCAGACAUAUAGCAUGUUGUAUGUUUUGGAUUACUUCUGGUAUGAGGAGUUCAUGACCUCCACGUGGGACAUCAUUGCAGAAAGAUUGGGCUUCAUGUUAGUCUUUGGAGAUCUAGUUUGGAUACCAUUCACCUUCAGUAUACAGGGCUGGUGGCUUUUGGAAAACAAAGUGGAUCUGCCGAAGGCUGCAGCUCUUGCCAGCACUUUGGUUUUUGUGAUUGGUUAUCAGGUAUUUAGGGGAUCAAAUGGGCAGAAGCAUGUUUUCAAAAAGGAUCCAAAGGCUCACAUAUGGGGGAAGCCUCCAAAAGUUAUUGGUGGCAAGUUGCUCGCUUCUGGCUAUUGGGGAAUCGCCAGGCACUGCAAUUACCUGGGGGACUUGCUGCUAGCUUUAUCAUUCAGUUUACCUUGUGGGGCUAGUUCUGUGGUUCCUUACUUUUAUCCAAUAUAUCUGCUAAUUCUGCUGAUUUGGAGGGAAAGAAGAGAUGAAGCCAGGUGCAGGCAGAAGUAUAAGGAAGUCUGGGUUGAAUACUGCAGGCUUGUUCCUUGGCGAAUACUGCCAUAUGUAUAUUAGACAAGACAGAUAAGCUUUACUUGUCUUGGUCUUUGUUUACUGUUUUCAGGAAGAAGAGGCUACCAAGAUACUCCCAAAUCAAGCAAAACUGAAUCUGUUGACAACCAGGAGACAGUUUUAUUUGAAUUCUAACUUUUUCUUUA